UCUACACGAGAACGAGAGAAUCACAUGCGUCGUCCGAUGUCUGCUGAAAGAAGUGCGUAGAAGAAACUCGAAAAAGAAAAUGAAAGCGACCAACUUCUUUAUUUGUGUGCUGCUGUGCCUUGUAUCAUUGUUAUGUAUUUCUAAAGCCGCUGUCGUGAGAGACUUAGCCAGCCGUACUUUCAGUUGGAAAUGUAACGAGACAAUGGUGCAUGCCCUUCAACUUGGAGAGGAACAUUUCGUAGAGCGUCUCCUCUUUCCAGCUCUAGGAAUGACGGAAACCGUUGUUAUGACAGGAUCGCUGGCGGAAAAAAUAUUUUAUCAUGUUUCUUCCAGAAUUGCUGAGAAUCUUGCUGUUCAGUUCUUCAGAAAGCUUGUCUUGUCAAUCAUAAAGAAGGUAGAAGAAUACAUCCCAUUAUUUAGAGAGAUUUUGGACGCCUUUGACCGUUUUAAUGCUGAAAUAGCAAAUUCUGUUUGUAAAGUAUCAGGGUUUGUUAUCGAUAAGAUUGCAGAUAAGCGGGAUUUUCCAUCCUUAUAUUUCAAAAACUAUUUCAAUAGAUUAACAUUCUUUGAGAAAAGUUUGUACUGGUUAAGAUAUUUUUACAUGUCGGUGGUUGAGGACUGGAGAAGCUUUUACAGUGAUGUGAAAGUACACAUCGAUGAAUUUGUUAAUAUUGUUUUCUAAAUGGGGUUCGCAUAAAGACAUGCGCACAAAUGCUACAUUUGUUAAACGCUUUCAAUAUGUACACAUGACACAAUUAUCAAAAUCAGCUUUGAUGUUAUUUAGGUCAUGGUUUGCAGCAAUUCACUGUUCGAAAUCUUGUUUUGUAUGAUAUUGUAUGAGCAUUGAAAAUGCUGACGGAAAUAUUACACUUCAUUUGUUUACAAUCACUCAUUCUUUUACAAAAUACUUCGUUUGUUUGUACGUUGGUUUGCAUCAAUGUUCGUUAUCUUCACUUUUGUAUCCCAUUCGAUAAUGCUUCACACAUACAUAGACAUGACUAGUGUAGGUACCAGUGAAAUAUCACAAUCCCUCUUGUUAUAAGAAGCUAAUAUAUUUCAACAUUUUCAUUCAAUGGGUAUGGAAACAUAAAACACACUCAUCCGUGAUAUAUACGAUGUAUUGUACACCACAGACAUUAUUAACUUCAUUGCUUAUAGAACUAUCGUGUAAUUAGUUCAGUUGCAAAAUCAGAAAAUUGAAAGUAUUCAACAAAUGUUUUUUUUAUUAAAGUGUUUUCUUUCAUGAUAUUUACAUUGACAAUUGUUUGCUAAUAAUAAACGUGUGUUGUUUCA